CGUGCACAGACAGACAGACAGAGCUGCUGGUCAACAACAUGUGGCCUCGAGAGGAACUGUUAAAGUUUAUAUGGCACGCGUUCACUGCGCUGGACGCGGAUCAUCGUGGGAAAGUUUCCAAAUCUCAGCUCAAGGUGUUGUCCCACAACCUGUGCACAGUCAUGAGGAUCCCUCACGACCCUGUGGCUCUUGAAGAACAUUUCAAGGACGACAGUAAAGGGCCUGUUUCCAACCACGGCUUCAUGCUGUAUCUCAGCAGGUUUAUCCUCGACAAGUUGCGGGAGGAUUUCGAUGUGCUGGAGUUCAUCAGGAUGUGCUGGACUCUGUGCUACAAGAAGAACAUGUGCAACAAACAGCUCCUCAUCACAGACAACGACGCCUUCAAAGUCUGGUGCAUUUUUAACUUCCUGUCAGAGGACAAAUACCCACUGGUCAUCGUCAGUGAAGAGAUUGAGUACUUCCUCCGAAAGCUGAUGGAGACCAUGGGGAGUGAGUGGUGUGAGGAGAAGGUUGCAGAUUACAGGCUGCAGAUGAGCACAAAGAGCCGUCUCACUGCCUGGGAGCUGGUUGAACUGGUGGGGAUGGGUUACUUCAACAAAGGCAUGAACCACCAGACGCUGUCGCUGGGCAUCGACGAGGUCUUCCAGGAGCUCAUACUGGACGUGCUCAAGCAGGGUUACAUGAUGAAAAAAGGACAAAAGAGGAAGAACUGGAACGAGCGCUGGUUUGUGCUUCGGCCCAACUCGCUGUCGUACUACGACUCUGAGGAUCUUGUGGAGAAGAAAGGACUUAUCAUUCUGGACCAGAACUGCUUUGUGGAGUCUCUGCCAGAUAAAGAUGGAAAGAAAUGCCUGUUUAUUAUCAAGUGCCGCGACAGAAGCUUCGAGGUCAGCGUGUCGGACAAAAAGAAGAAACAGGAAUGGAUUCAAGUUAUUCAGAUGUGCCUCCAGCUGAUAAGGUCGGGGCUGCCGUCUCCUCACCGCGAGGCCCGGCAGAGGCGCAGGGAGCUGCGGCGGCAGCAGCUUGCAGAGGAGGUGGAUCUGGUGGAGAAGAUGAAGCAGCUCCAGGUGGCAAACGAGCACAAACAGAGGCAGCUGGAGGCCAUGAGUGAGAAAAUAAAAGAAGCUGCUGCCAAAGCGGCGUUAGAGGAAGACACGAGGAUGAAGACACAGUCAGACCUGCAGGAUCGCUACAGGCUGGACCUGGAGAGAGAGAAAAUGGUGCGUCAGCAGAUGGAGGAGGAGGUGGCACAGAAGUCCAGUGAACUGGAGCAGUACCUGCAGCGAGUCCGUGAGCUGGAGGACAUGUACCACAGACUGGAGGACGCUUUAGAGGACGAGAGGCAGGCCAAGCAGGACGAGGAGGCCAUGAGAAAACUGCAGUCCAGGCUGCUGGAGGAGGAGGCAGCAAAGAGGGCAGAGCUGGAGCGGAUCCACCUGCGGCAGCAGGGGGCGCUGUCUCGGACCGAAGCAGAGAAGCAGGUGCUGGUGUCUGAACGUCGGGCCAAGGAGAGGGAGCUGCAGGUCGCCGUGCUGCAGCUGGAGACUCUGGAGAAGGAGCGACAGGGAGCACUGGAGCAGUAUGAGGAAGUGUCAAGGAACCUCACGCGAGCGGCGAACAAGACAAAGACAUGGAAGGACAAGGUGGCCAAACACGAGGGCCUGGUGCGUCUCAUCCAGCCAGGUCAUAAAGGACCUCAGAGAAUCACCAACUGGGGUCCAGCGUCUUUCACUGAUGCUGAGCUGGAGAUGAGGAAGAAGUCGUGGCAGGAGAGGAAGAGGAACUCUCCCCAGGACAAAUGUUAGAUUCCUGAGAGAGUCAGCGUCCGAUGUCUAAAGACGAUAUCUGGAGUCAUGAAAGCUGUAAAAUAAAAAAAUAUUUCACUCAUUUAAAUUGACGUUAUUUUAAAAUGUUCAAUGUUUGACUGCAUUUCAUUAGCUGGGGUCAACAUUAGCUUUUUUCUGGUGAUGAUCUGAAUCCGUGAUCUGCUUUUUAAUACAAUUAUUUAAAGGGAAAUUUAAAAGAAAGUGUUGUGAACAAUUAUUAUUCUGAUAUAGUUCUGAUAUGAAUUUGUUAUGAUGGUCAUUUUGUGAAAGUAAAGAACAUUUGACUGAUAUUCACUGUCGCUCAGGGACAUGUGAGUGAACUGCAUCUGUUAAAGUCUCAACUAACGUAAUAAAAACAAUAAAACCUCAAUUUUUGAA